AUGUCGUGGAGCUCGGCGUACAGAAGCUCGAAGUUCCGGCAUGUUUACGGAAAAGCGGGAAGCAGAGAGCAGUGCUACGAGGGAAUUCCCAUCACGCACAGCGUCCACGAUAACCAGUUCUGUGCGGUUAACCCGAAAUUCCUGGCCGUGGUCACCGAGAGCGCAGGGGGAGGAGCUUUUAUCGUUAUCCCGCUUCACAAGCCGGGCCGAGUGGACCCUCAUUACCCCAGAGUGUGUGGUCAUCAGGGCAGUGUGAUGGACAUCAAGUGGAGCCCCUUCAUGGACAACAUCAUCGCCUCCAGCUCUGAGGACUGCACGGUGAGGAUCUGGCAGAUUCCUGACAACGGUUUGAGGCGGAACUUAACUGAAGCUCUGAUGAUUCUGAUUGGCCACAGCAGGAGGGUGGGGCUUAUUGAGUGGCAUCCCACCUGCAGUGGCAUCCUGUUUAGUGCCGGAUACGACUGUAAGAUCUUGAUGUGGAAUCUGGAGGAGGGCGUGGCCGUGAAGAUGAUUGACAGCCAUCCAGAUGUGGUGCUCUGCAUGUCCUUCAACACCGACGGGAGUUUACUGGCCACCAGCUGUAAAGACAAAAAACUGCGCAUUAUUGAUCCACGCUCGGGGAAAGUGCUUCAGGAGUCGUGCUGUAAGAGUCUGCGUGUGAACCGUGUGGUGUUUCUGGGUAAUCUGAGGCGUGUUUUCACCACCGGCGUCUCCAGGUGGAACAGCAGACAGAUUGCAUUGUGGGAUCAGGAUGAUCUGAGCUGUCCAUUGCUGGAGGAGGAGAUCGACGGUCUCGCCGGAGCCCUGUUCCCCUACUACGAUCCAGACACACACAUGCUCUACCUGGCUGGAAAGGGAGAUGGAAAUAUCCGCUAUUAUGAGGUGGGAGCUGAGAAACCCUUCCUGCAGUUCCUGACGGAGUUCAGAUCUGCGGCUCCUCAGAAGAGCUUGUGUGUGAUGCCCAAGCGUGGUGUUGAUGUGAGUGAGUGUGAGAUCUUCAGGUUUUAUAAGCUGGUGACGUUCAGAGGUUUGGUGGAGCCCGUCUCCAUGAUCGUCCCGCGCCGGGUGAGUCAAACCUGCACGUCAGAGGCGUAUCAGGAGGAUAUUUUCCCCAUGACGGCGGGCGCUGAAUCUGCUCUGUCGGCUGCUGAGUGGCUCAGUGGGAUCGACAGAGGGCCAGUGCUGAUUUCUCUUAAAGAAGCGUACAAACGACCAAAUCCAGUCAGUCUGAGAGCGUCCAGACGGGACAGACGGAUGAUAAAGGGCAUUGAUUUACUGGAGAACAUCUCCAUGAACACAGACAGAGAGCUGCUGACGACGGUCUACAGACAGCAGGAGGAGCUGAGGAAACUCAAAGAAGAGCUCAGAGAAAAAGAGGAGAGAAUACAAACGCUGGAGCUGGAGCUUAACAACCUGAGAAACACACACACACACUGACUCAGUCAUGCUUUAUUUACACUUAAUAUCUACAGUUGAAGUCAGAAUUAUUAGCCCCCUUUGAAUUUUUCAUAAUUUUUAAAUAUUUCCCGAACAAUGU